CGAUCUUGUUGUUGCUUGACAAACACGAAUAUUGACUUGCCAACAUGGCAAGAGAAAUUGAGUCGUCAGUCCAGAUGAGAUUGUAUGCAUUGAACAAAAGACAAUUUGUACUGGUUUUUGUUACUUUCUUCAUAUGUUUUGGUAUUAGUUUAUUGAUUGGAGUCGCAGGACCACCAAUUAUUGAAACCGUCUCACAAAAUGGAUCAUCAUUUGGGCCACAUAAACCUAAAGAUUUGAAGACAGGACCAUUCAUACUGAAGUCUCCACCACUGACAACAUACCAUCAACAACUCUGGCUUAUAGCACAAAUAACUACAGACUCAGAAACACACUCCAAGUUUGAGGAGAAGUUUACAGUGAGUGUAGAGAUACGUGGUAUGAAAGCUGAUGAUGAAGGGGUCAUACAGGCUGAUAAUCCUCAAUUAAGUCCAAAGAUUCAUAACAGAACAAGAAUUCUCAAGUGUUCAAAGCAAUGUGAUAACCUGAUAUUAUUACAUCUUGGAUACUUAGAUUACAACAACUAUAUAAUAACAAUCCAUUUCUACGGAUUACAGAACACUAAGUUUGAUUUUAAAGACAUUGUAUUUUAUUUUAAGAGUUAUAACUCUUCAUUCACACAGAUUGAGAUCUGGAUCCGAUUUGUGUUUUUAUUCAUGACAUUUGUAGCAACAUGUGUGUUUGGUCAUUCUUUGAGGAAGUUUACUAUACGAGAUUGGUCAAUAGAACAAAGAUGGAUGUCUUUACUACUACCUCUACUGUUAUUGUACAAUGAUCCAAUAUUUCCGCUGACAUUCCUAGUUAACAGUUGGGUACCAGGAAUGUUUGAUGCCUUGUUCCAAGCCUCUUUCCUAUGUGGUCUGUUAUUAUUCUGGUUGUGUAUAUAUCAUGGUGUAAGACAGACUGACAGAAGAUUUGUGAAGUUCUACAUACCAAAAUUACUAAUAGUAGGACUGAUCUGGAUUUCUGCAGUAACUUUGUCUUCCUGGCAGGAGUAUAAUGAGAUUCAAGAUCCUACAUAUUAUUACAGACUGGAUACUACUAAUUUUAUGGGUUUUAAGAUAUUUUUCUUCAUCGUUGGAGGACUGUAUCUUCUGUACUUAGGAUAUCUGUUAAUUAGAGCAUAUGCAGAGCUGAGAUCCAUGCCAUAUUUUGAUUUGAGGUUAAAGUUCAUGACGUUUUUGAUGUUAAUUGUGUUGACAAUCAGUAUUACAAUAACAGUGAUGAGAUAUGGUGCUGCAGCUUUACAAGAUAAUUUUGUAGCAGAAUUGUCCACAAACUACAAAAAUUCGGCAGAAUUUGUCGCAUUUUAUGGUCUGCUCAAUUUCUAUAUGUAUACAAUGGCAUUUGUAUACUCGCCUUCCAAAAAUGCUAUAUAUGAGAGCAAUUUUAAAGACAAUCCUGGUAUGAGCAUGUUGAAUGACUCUGAUGAAGAUGUGCAUUAUGGGUCAGACCAAGAAGAAACAACACUGACAACAAGUCGACAUGUCAGUCGUUACCAUGACAGUGAUGAAGAGAUAUUCCGACGGUGAAAAUAGUGAUUUUGAAGCAUUAUGGGACAGUAGAUCUGAUCUGUGGUCAAGGGUACUCGUAGAGGCCAUUUUGGUUGGGAUUGUGAUAAAAGAUGGCAUUUAUUAAUAGUGCAAUAUAGAUUACUUAUAUUAUUGUGUUUUUUACAUUGUUUGUUAAAACAAGUUUUCAGUCUAUAUGACAAAUGUUUUAUAACAGUGAAUACCUAUUAAAUCUCAAAGUGAUACAGCCAAAAAGUCUUCAGACGGAAAUUGUUUGUUAAUUUUAUUGUUUUAUUUAAAUUGUAAUAGUAAAAGAGCUGCUCCAGAAUUAAUAGUAUGGAGGGGUUUGAAGGCACUUUUAUUACAGUUUAAUGUGUGGUGGUUAUUUUAGAAAGAUAGCAUGGAAAAUUAUAGGAAAUAGUCAAUUUAAAUAUUAUGCAUGGCAGGGUAAAAUGAAAAGUGCUUUCUGACCCCCAAUACAUGUAUUUCUGUAACAGACCUAAGAAGUAUUAAUGCAAAUUGUAAUUAAAAUAUUUUUAAGACUUUAUAUUUAUGCUUGAUGAACAUACUUUUAAUGUGUAUUAAAAUAUGAAAUAGUUAUGUCUUGGAAGCCAUUUUGAAAAGUCAAGACAUAUGUUACAAGAUAAAUCUAAAAAAUAAGAAGCUGGUUCAUUUAGAAAAAUUCCUGCUUACUUAUAUGCACAGUAUUAUCUAAAUAGAAUAAUAAAACUUAACUGACCUUUUGAACCAUACCAUAUAGGAUGAAGAAGUAACAAAUAUAGUAUUCAAUAACAAAAGGUUAAUUGUUUUCCAAUACAAAAUUAAUUUCUUUUUUUUUCUCUCUGCUGUAUGCUGUUUCACAUUUUUAUGUGUGAUCUGAUUGAUGUUAUCAUUUUUGCUUUAAAGAAUUUUUUCAAAAGGACUAUUUUAAAAAUUCAAAUUUAUAUAGUUAGUGCAUAAGUCUAAUAUACUUUGUUUGCAUUGGUAAAAUGAAAAUUUUUGUCUUAUAAAGUUUUCACUAUAAAUUAAUUUGAGCCAAUAUUUACCUUUAACCUUCCAUUAGAUAUAUAGAGAAUAAUACAUGGCAAAAUCUGUAUCAUAUGCCAUAUCAUCCGGAGAUACCAAUAUCAGGCCGAGGGCCUUUAUACGGAUUUUGCCAUGUUUUAUACGCUUUAUCAUAUAUUUAAACAGGAGAGUAUAUAUGAACUGCUUUCUGAUCCCUAGCACCUGGGUUACCUUCAGAUUUACUUUUGUCUUGUUUUAAAAGCUUUUGAAGAACUUCUUAAUUAUUCAUCCGAAGCACCUGGGUUACCUUACAAUUUGCAUCCUGUUGUUCAUAGAAAUAUUUUGUUUAUUGUA